AUGUCGUUUUUUGGAUUCGAUCCGACUGCUCCACAGCAGCAGUCUCAUCCGCAACAACAUCAACAUCAACAACAGCAACGCUCUCAGCAUCAACAGCAACGCUCUCAGCAACCAUUGGAUUUUGAAGACACUUACAAAGGGUACGGCGACUACCAAGCUGAGGAUGAAGAUUUCUUGAAUGACGAGACCUUCGGGAACAACGUCGAACUAGGUAACAACUUCGAUUUCGGCCACUCCCAACAGCAACAACAACAACCGCAAGUGGGUCAACCACCUGCUGCUCCUGUCCCCCACAGAUCCUACGUGGCCGCUGCAGCAUCUGGAACCUCGCAACAGGCUCAUAUGGAUGCCGCUGUUGAUUUGAGACCAAUGGAAUCCCUAUGGAACCCUAACAGCGGUGCCGCUGCAAACACUGCCGGCCCAACUGGAGAUCAAGCCGAACAACCUCGUGUCUUGUCUAUGGAGGAAAUCGAACGAAACCAACGCCAAAUGCAGAUGCAUCCACCUCCACCUCCUCCCCAGGGGUACCCUGCCAUGCAAGGCUACCCAAUGCCUCCAGGUAACUUCAUGCCUCCACCAGGUCAGAACUAUCCAAUGAUGGCACCUCCUCCUCAACAGCAACAACAGCACCAGCAAUUCCAACAGAUGCGUCCAGUGUUCAACCAGCCUAACUAUAUGGGCUACCCUGGAAAUGCUCCACCUCCUCAUCAUCAACCACAACAACCUCACCAACCCCAGAAACAACAAAUGGUCGCUCCUCAGAUGCAAUUUCCUCCUCAGCAACAGCAACAGCAACAACCAGUUCAACAAGCUCCUGAGCAACAAGCUCCACAUGAGCAACAGCUUGCUUCUCAAGUUGCUAUGCCACAGAUGGAUCGCUCCUCCUCCAGUUUGUCUCAAUCCUCAAAUGAAAGGGAUAACUUCAAGGGUCAUCCGAGACAGCCUCAUCAAAGACAACCUCGAAACAGAGAACCAUUGACUCCUGAGGAACAGAAGAGAUUGGAGGUCCGUCAUGCUAAAGUCGAAAAGAUCUUGAAACAUUCAGGUCUAAUGACUCCCCGUGACAAGGACUUCAUCACUCGUUACCAACUAUCUCAAAUUGUCACUGAGGACCCUUACAAUGAGGAUUUCUAUUUCCAAGUUUACAAGAUCAUUCAACGUGGUGGUGUCGUAGGUGAAUCCAAUAAGGGCCUAAUUGCAAGAGCCUAUUUGGAACAUUCAGGUCACAGAUUAGGUGGUCGUUACAAGCGUGCUGAUAUCGCUUUACAAAGAAUGCAAAGUCAAGUUGAAAAGGCCGUCACUGUUGCAAAGGAGAGACCACUACGUAAACAAGAAAAGGAACAAAGUAGAGAAAAUAGUAACACUGAAGGUUCUAACUCUGCAGGUGUUUCAAGUGCUGGUCAAUCCAAUGAUAACCGUGAUGGUGUCCUUGGUAAAAUCUCUUCUUCACUGAACAGUAAAGCUCCGCGUAGACAACUACAAAUUCCAACUUCAAACAAGACCCUUUUGAAUUCGUUAUUAGUUAAUGAUGAACACGCUACUGCAGCAAAGCCAACAAACCCAGAUGCACUAAUGGAAGUCACUGAAUCCCUAGGUAACGUCGAAUUGAGUCAAACUGCAAGAGUCAGAAGAAGAUCAUCUUACGCUUUCACAUCUGUCGAUCAAAGCUCAGUAUUAUCCCGUUCAGGUGGUAGAAAAUUUGUUUUAUCUCUUAUUGAAACCGUAUACGAAGAAGUUCUUGAGUUGGAGGCAAAUUUGAGAAGUGGUAAACCAAUAGACAAUAAGAAAUUAUGGGAAGCUCUACAUAUCAACGAUGAAUUAUACGAGGUUUGUCCAUUCAUUUCCAUGCUAUCCUUUGAUAAAGGUGUUAAGAUCAUGCCAAGAAUCUUCAACUUCUUGGAAAAAGAUCAAAAAUUAAAAUUGCUACAAACAUUCUUCUCCGAGUUAUCUCAUUUGAAUAUUAUUAUUAUUAGUUCUUACAAGACCAACCCAGAACCAACCGAGUCUCAAUUAAAGCAGAUCGACAUAUUUCAAACUGUGUUCUUGAAGAUCAUUGUUUCCUUCUUAUCCAGCAGUUCUAACUUCAUUGAAAUCAUGGGUCUAUUGUUGCAUUUAAUCAAAAACAACAAUGUCUCCUUCAUCUCUACUUCAAAGAUUGGUCUAAAUUUGAUUACUGUUUUGAUCUCUAGAGCUGCAUUAAUUAGACAAGACACUAACAGAAGCAACAUGCUUUCUUCACCAGAGAUUUCCACUUGGAAUGAAAUCUACGACAAGUUAUUCACUGCUCUUGAAAGCAAACUAGCUGCAGUCUUCCCUCCAAAGGAAUAUAUACAAAAAGUUACAAGUGUUCACCUGAAGGGUCAUGUGGCUCCAGGUGCUACUCCUCAACAUUACGAUCAGGCCUACAUAUGGCAAUUCCUUGCCUCUUUGGCCCUAAGUGGUAAGUUGAACCACCAACGUAUCAUCAUCGAUGAGGUCAGAGAUCAAAUCUUUGGUACGAUCAACGAGGCUGAACAACUAAAGGAAACCGCUAAGACACCUACCGAAUCUGUCGACGAUCUGGUAUACAGACGUGAAAAACUGUAUCAAGAUCUAAACUUAUUCUUAAAUGUCAUGGGCUUAGUAUCUAGGGACGGUGAAAUCAGCGAACUCAAGUGA